AUGAACAAUGAUAAUGACAAAAUUGAUGGAAGAUGCUACGAAUGUGAAAAAUAUGGACACAUCCCAGUUGAAUGCCCUGAACUGAAAAAGAAACUAAGAAGGAACUUUCAAAAGAAGAAAUCCUUUGGAGCUUGGAGUGAUGAAGAAGAAUCUAAUCACGAAGAAAUCGCCAAUAUGUGCUUUAUGGCCAUCAAACAAGAUAGCGAUGAAGACUCGGGUGAACUUGGUCUCAUGGCAGACGAAGGAACAAAUAUUGAAAAAGUUCUGAAUGAAAUUCAAAAAAUCCAAAGCGAAAAGAAAGACUGGGCUUUGAAGUUGGAAGUAUGUGAAAUUGAGAGAGAUAUGCUUCAAGAUGAAGUUAAUGAACUUCAACUUCAACUGAAUGGAUUACGAAAAUCCACCAGUCAUAGUUCAGUUAGAUCAAAUCAGUUUAAGAACAACAGGAGAUGGGUCUGGCGACCCAAGCCUUCUAGUCAAGAUAAUACUCAAAGCACUUACCAUUCAGGAUCCAAGCAGGCUUGGCAUGGUUGGUUUAUUGAAGAUGAAUCAGGUAAAAUUAUUCUUUCUGGAAAUAGAGACAGGAAUGUCUAUACUAUCAGUAACAAAGAUAGUCUUGAUAAUCAAAUUUGUCUAGCUUCUAUGAUGGAUGAUCCCUGGGUCAUGGCAAGAACCAUGAUUGUGGAAAACUCUCUCCCUCAUCACUUCUGGGCAGAAGCUGUAAGCACAACAUGUCAUAUUAUUAACAGAUGUCUGAUUCGACCCAUUCUUAAAAAGACUCCAUAUGAGCUGUGGAAUGGUAAGAAACCCAAUAUCAGUUACUUCCACCCAUUUGGCUGCAAAUGCUUCAUUCACAAUAAUAGAAAAGAAAAUUUGGGUAAGUUUGAUCCAAAAAGCGACGAAGGUAUUUUUCUUGGGUACUCUCCCUCAAGUAGAGCAUAUAGAGUAUUCUAUAAAAGAACUUUAUGUAUUGAGAAAUCAAUUCAUGUUGUUUUUGUGGAUACUAACCCUCGCUUAAGGAAUGAAAAACUUCCUGAAGAUAAGGAAAUCUCGAUUAUCCCAAAGUCUAUUGUUACAGGAAAAGACAGUCAUGAUCAGGCAACCAAUAAGCAAAAUCAGUCAACUGAGGAGCACAUUGAAGUUUAG